AUGUGCCUCUUGCAGCACCCCGCGGCCGCUGCGGCUGCGCCUCCCGCCGGCUCCGCGCCGCUCCCGUUAACGUGGUUCCUCCUGGGGCUGUGGCACGGCGAGCGGGCUCGGCCGGGGAGGGGGAGCCGGGGGUGCUGCCGGUGGGGUUCCUCGGCUCCGCGCUGCCUGCUCCGGCUCCGGGAUGAGGGCGGCGUCGCCGCCGCCAGCAGGCGCAUCCAGCCGGGGCUGUGCCCCUUACGGCGGGGUCAUCGCAGUGUCCCGUGCCGGGGACCCGGGGCAGCGGUGUCCUUGUGCCGGCACCCGCUGCGCCCGGCGGCGGCGGGGCUGGGUGAUCCCCCACGGAUGAACUUUUCCUAUUCCUGUGUUCUGUUACAGGUUUUGGGAUUUGAAGUUGAUACGGUGAACUCUGUCCAGUUUUCAAACCACACAGGCUAUGCCCACUGGAAGGGUCAGGUGUUGAAUUCAGAUGAGCUUCAUGAACUUUAUGAAGGACUUAAGCUGAACAUGGUCAACCGGUACGAUUAUGUGCUCACAGGGUAUACAAGAGACACAUCAUUUCUUGCAAUGGUGGUGGAUAUUGUCCAGGAGUUGAAGCAACAGAAUUCUAACCUCGUGUAUGUGUGUGAUCCAGUGAUGGGUGACAAGUGGAAUGGAGAAGGCUCUAUGUAUGUGCCCAAGGAUCUCCUGCCAGUCUACAGGGACAAAGUUGUACCUGUUGCAGAUAUAAUCACUCCUAACCAGUUUGAAGCUGAGUUACUCACAGGCAGGAAGAUUUACACGGAAAAAGAUGCACUGGAGGUAAUGGAUAUGCUCCAUGCCAUGGGACCAGAGACUGUGGUGAUAACAAGCUCAGACCUACAGGCACCUCUAGGAAACGACUACCUGAUUGCUCUGGGAAGCCACAGAAAAACUAAAGCAGAUGGUACCAGGAUAACACAAAGAAUUCGAGUGGAGUCUCCUAAAGUGGAUGCUGUCUUUGUUGGAACAGGAGACUUGUUUGCUGCUAUGCUUCUGGCAUGGACACACAAGCACCCAAACAAUUUGAAGGUGGCAUGUGAAAAGACUGUGUCAGCCAUGCAGCAUGUUCUGCAAAGGACCAUUAAGAGUGCAAAAGUGCAAGCUGGAGAAGGAAACAAACCAAACUCAGCCCAGCUGGAACUGAGAAUGGUCCAAAGCAAAAAGGACAUAGAAAACCCAGAGAUCAUAGUGAAAGCCACCGUGUUAUAAAGGCUCCACGUCUCCAAUAACGCACAAUGUAUCGAUGUCCUCAUUUCUUUCCUGUAAAUUGUAAUAUUUGCCUUAGAUCUGUGACAGAAACCUGACUUUCAUGAAAUAGUGCCCAGCAUAGGCAGAUAUCCACUCUCAAACAUAUGUGCUGGCCUUGCUCAGUUUUAAAAACAGAACAGUUAGUGUGCAUUGAAGCAUAUUCCCAGGUAUCCCAAUGUCUGUCAGAUUCACUUAGUCUGUGUGAUUACCCAGGGCAAGAGAGCAAUGUUCCUGCCUUGCCAAAGACUGUAGAUGUGAAUUUGCUAGUGAAAUGCUUGACUGACUGGAAAAUGUAUUUCAAGAUGGCAUCUAGUGCCAAUGGAGCUGGCUCCAUGCUCCCUUUUCCUGGAGGUACCUGGUUACCUACUCUGGUAUUCAGUAUCUCAGCUGCUAUGAAACUAAGCAGGGUUAAAGCUACACACACACUUCUGGUUGUGUGUAGGAGUACUUUGAAGAUGUUUGGCAUAUUCAGUACUCUGAAGUGACCUUGAGAUGUCAUUCAUGUUGCUGAUCUCUGCUCCUGUUUCUUGUCCAUGAACAGUUUCAGUUGUCACAGGUUCCAGCUGCUUAUUUCUCAUGUCCGUGGGUGCCCACGUGAUUUUCCUCCAAAAACUGCUCCAGAAACAUCUUGAUUAACAAGAUCAUGCCUUUAUUCAGUAGCACUGGUUAGGAGUGUGGCCUCUGAGGCCAGGUUUGAUUCUCUUUUAUCUAAGGGCAAAAAAGGAAGCAGCUCUUACCCUGGAAGUUGGCUGCUUUGGUUUGUUCAUUGUGGGUGGAUUUACUUACAAACUACAUGGGCACUUGACUUACAUUAGUGAGCACUGCUGGCAGCCUUAGCAAUGAAGAAAUGUGGCAAAAGUAGUACUUUUGGUUUAGUAGGAUCUGGUCUGGACUGGUUUACCAACUGCAGUGAAACAGGAUAAUUAACUUGUUCAUAAUGUCUCUGCAAGCAACACCAAUUAGAGAUUACAGAAAUACAUUAUUAUUAAUGUUAUUCUUAAUGCACAGUUCUGCUUGAUAAGGCUUCAAAAUGGGAUUUUUAAUCAUUUCAGUGUCCUAUGGAUCACAGCCACAUACUAAAGCAACAGGGCAGGUCUGCUGACAGGUGUUGGCCACUCACACUUCCAUAGGACUUCUGUCUGGGAUCCAUGUUCUUGUUUGUCCCAAGAUAAAAUCUAGUGUGAAGUUAAAUCCAGAUCAAAUUGAUGAGCUUUACUUGUCUCAGACUGCAUAAGGGGAUGGAAAUUGCAUUUCUGAUUGAUUUCCUCUCCUGCAUUUGGCAUCAAAAGUGAAAAAAAAAUCAUGUUACUUGACAGUUUAAGGGAAAAAUUAGCAGGAAUUUAUCUACAAAAUGUUACUCUACUGCCACAGUUUUUAUUAACCACUGUCAUGAAAUACCUUUCUAGCAAUAAUAUUUUUGGUGUUGUGAACAGCUGCUAAAAUUAGCAGUCAGUAACAGAGAUAGGAGCUCAUGGCUGAUACCCAGCCUGUAAAAAGAUGUGAACUGCCUUGACAGUGUGUACAAGUGGUUGAUGGGAAGCAGUGCAGAGGGAACCAGGCUCCUCUCAGUGGUGCCCAAGAAGUGAUAAAUAGGCAGUAGCACAAAAUGAAAUACAGGAAAAUCCAUUUAAACAUUAGAAAAAUAAAAUUCACUGUGAAGGUGAUCAGACACUGGCACAGGUUGCACAGAGAGGUUGUGGAGUCUCCAUUCUUGGAGAUUCUCAGAUGCUGACUGAACAUGGCCCUGAGUAAACCUGCUGUACUUGGCCCUGUUUGCUCAGAGGUUGGGCCAGAGGAUCUCCAAAGGUCCCUUCCAACCUCAGCCAUUCCAUGAUUCUCUGAGCACAUUGAACUGCCUUUCUUUGCAGCACUGGAUUGUAAAAUUUUGUUCUCCCUGCAACACCAACUUCCAGAUGGGCUGGAAAAUAAUCAUACUGAUAUUCCCCCCUUUUUUAGAUAAGUUGCUGUUUGCUUGGGUGGCUGUGCCAGGAGGACAAUUAACCUCUUUUGAGAUACUUGCUUUCAGCAAAGAUAUUAAAAUACUAUAGCUGGUGAUAUGUUUCAACAGUUGAACACAAGAAAGAUUUUAAUUCUUUCUGACAUUGAUUAACCAAGUGCUGCAUGCCAUAUUCCAAAUAUAACUAUGAGUUUAUUUAUCUUUUAAAAUUAGAGUAUUUCAUGUGGAAGUGCAUAAUCCCUGCCAUCCUCUUAGGAAGAAAGGAUCAACUUCCUGAACUUCCCUGCCUGUACAGACAAUGGUCAAUGCCCUUUUAGUAAGUGUGAGACAGCACCAUUUUAUUUUGCCAUUAGAAUAAAGAGACUUCACAAGAGGAUAAGGAGAAAGGCAAGGGCUGUUUUCUCUGAAAUAAAGAAGCUUGGAGCUACCUUGCAAACAAGGUUUUAAUUGUAAACCAUGAUGAGCCAUGAUCUUGACAUAAAAGACAAAGUGAUAUGUUUGUUGGAGCAGUUUACACCUGUCAGGUGUAAUCUUUCUCCACUUCCUCAGAGAAUGGAUCCAUUCAAUAAUUCACACCUUCCUUAGAAUCUGUGACACACCCAUGUUAAGAAAAAAAGAAAAGAAUAUUCAUACUAAUGUGCUCAAUUUGCAAAAGUUCCUAUUUCACAAUAGUUGGAUCCUGUAGCAAUGGGCUGCUGGUUUCAUCUGCUUGAGUCCCUGCGUGUUAUUCAUGUGAUACCUGUUUUAAACUCCCACUGACCUGAUCUAAAUUAGGUCAGGUUUAUGUCUUCAGUGAAGAAUUGGGCUUAACAUCUCUUGCCAGGAACAAACAUCAGAAAUUAUCUGUAAAUAUAUUCUGUAGCUAACAUUUUGUAGCCACAGCAGUCUAACAGGUAUUUUUGAAUGUCAAGGUACACAUUUUUUAUUUGUUUAGAGUUACACAAAGCUUAUGUGCAGAACAAAAUUCAAAGACUCAGCACAGUCCUGACUAAUAUUUAAUUCCCUCCUCUCCUCCUGCAUAUAAUACCUGUAUCUUUUUCUGAGUUCCUGCUGUGUGAUACAGUUGGAAAGUGUUUCAGUCAGACAGUGCCCACUAUUUAUUCAGGGCUUUGGAGGAGACUGACCAGCGUUGUCUGGUGUUUGCAGUGUUGUUGACUUGCAAACCUUUAGUUAAAAGAUAAAAGGUCAGUCUGAACUAGCUUAGGUAGUGACUGAUGACAGGAGAACAAGCACUUUAGCCCAGAGAGUGGAGUCUGUAACAUGGGUAAUCUUCCCUGGCCAUGCUGAGAGCAGGAAAGGUGUAACCCAGCAGUCCAGCACUACCAGCUGGGGACUGGUGGCUUCACUGCCACAUGUGUGAGGUCAGAGUGAGGCUUCUCCUGCUGCAGCACAUGGAGGCAUGGGAGAGGUGAAUGCUUUGUGCUUGUGUCCACUCAACUUCCCUAACAAUCUUUCUCCAUUCUGGAAUUAAUUUAUGUUGGAUCCCCUUUUCCUGGAGUGAUUUGCAGUGCCUGUGGCCACUGCUCAAGUCCACUCGUUUUUGGAGCCACCUGUUCAGGAGAGACCAAAAGUUGUUUACAGGCAGUCAACUCUGGGCCUGGAUUUGUCUCUACAUGCUGAGAAUUGAGACGUGCAUAAAGACAUUGUGCUAAAAGCAGUGCUAUUCACACUCAAUAGAAACACUUCAGAAACCUGCAGUAUGAAUUAUUAAUGUUUGUGUGCUGAUUUUUAUCUCAAGUGGGGAGAAUAAUCCAUGUGUUAUACAAAAGAAUCAGAGGACCAAGGUUUCCAGCUACUCAUACUGCCUUUUGAGUAUCUUAACUGUGUCUUGAUUGGAUGGUGUUAAUUUUUUUGUCUGAGACUGUUACAGUGAUUGUAUUGAUUAAUUUUAUUUUAAAAUAUGUGGCAAGGAAGAUUGUAAUAAAAGCAUCUACAUUUAUUAUACUGUGCACACACAAAUUGUUAGAUCCUAUUUUUAAAUAUGUUAAUAAUUUCAGAAUUAAACAGCACAAGAAUGGUUUGAUAGUCUUGCUGAAUAAAGUGGAUGUAAUUAAAUGUUUCCUUAGUUAUGUCCUAGGAUAGAGAAAGGGUAUUUAAUGGCAGAGAGCACAUUUAUGCCCUGUAAUCAUCUUACUGUAAGAUAUGGAUGUGGAAGUGAGUAAUGUGCUUGUUGUCUUAAUUUUUAUUUUUCUCAAAGAAGGUUCAUAGGAAGGAAAUUGCUGGCAUUCUUCACCACUCCCUUGCAUUCCUCUUACAUUUUAUAUGGACCUCAUUGUGUUGUGCUCUUUUUUCCUGCAAACAAGGUGAGAAGAGGGUCUUGGAAUAAGAACCAUAACUCAUUUUGAGAUCUGUUUCUUGUGCAGCAUUUAACAGCACUCCACUGAGAUUUUACCUUUGCUGUGUAGGGUAGAGCACACAGGGCUGUAGAGUGGGAAACAAAUGUUUCUCGUGUGGGAACAAGAGUUUCUGCCAGCACUCAGCAGUGUCCCUGCCAGGGUGGUGGUUUGCAGCAGGAGGAGAGCAGGGAUCCAGGUUAAGGAGAGCAGAAAGUGCUGUGUCAUUACACUUGUGUCCUGGACAGGUUUGGUUUUAUACUAAAGAAGCUCUCCCAAGUAAAGGUUCUUGUCCAGUCGAAGAAUACUUUUAAAAUUUGAGACAUGUUACAAAUUUUGGUCACUCUGGUACUAAAAUAUUUCUUCAUAAAGAGAAACACGUCCCUUUUACAUCUCCUUGCUGCCUUACUGGUUUAUUGACUGCAGUCAUUCCACUCCUGUUUAGAAUCCCAGGAUUAGUUACCCAGAGAGAUGUUCUUGCUGAAAGCACAUGUUCUUCAUGUUCCUGGUAAGUGAGAGCCUGCUGAGCAGUUCUGUAGCUUUCUAAAACCUGUCCAUUAAAGACAUUUGUCUGCCGUGGAAACCAAGCUUCGAGAUGUUCAAUGACAGCCCAAAAAUAGCCCUUUCAAAUAAAUGAAAACUCUUGAAAGUGCAUUAUUGUCAAUAAAUGAGGAAACCAGUGAAUUUAUGCAUGCAGGAGCAGAUUUCAGGUAAAUCCCCGAGGUUCUGUCAGCCACUGGAGGAGUGUGCCCUGAGCAAAGGGCUGCUGCUGUCAGGGCACUGCUUCAGGAGAGACCCAUUUCCAGAAGGGAGGAAUGUGGUGUGGCAUUCAACAGCCAAGGAAAACUCCCAUCUGCUUCACCAGGAAACCAGUGCCAGGUGACAGCCCCAGUGCCACCAGUUUGGUGCUUUUACUGCUGUGGCAGCAGAGGACCUCGAGGCAGAUGGGAUGCUCCUAAAUGUGCAUUCCUGACUCAGUGCCUCCACAGUGCAAAUAAUGGUAAUAAAUCCCCCAAUGUGCAGAGCAGUGAAUAAGGCAGCACAUUAUUCAGAGAGAGAAAACCAGCAAUAUGAGAAGGCUGUGCCAUAUGUUACCACUGGAAUCACACUUACCUAUUGCCCUCGUGGUUGCAUUGCUGUUUAGAAAAAUCUGUGUGUAGAAGAGUGUAAUUUAUGUACUCUGUGUGUGUGUGUGUGUGUGUGUGUGUAUGUUGAAGCUUUAUUUGCAAUGUGGUAGGGGUGGGAAACAGAAUUUGGGGGGCUGGCUGAGUAGGCCUUCAGGAUGUGAGCAGAAGGUCUUAAAGAAUUAUAUUUUUAUAGAUUGUGCUGAAGCUUUGGGUCCCAGCCACACAUAGCCUUUUCUUCCAGAGAAGUAAAAUGGUUUGGAAAGAGAGUCAGGUGGCUGUAAUAUAGUAGGGAUAGUACAACCCCACCAGCCCUGGACAAACUGAAUAACUUAAUAAAAGAUGCCUUUUUAAGUAAUAUUUUUUUAGUGCUGAAUUGUUAAACAAAGAAAUAUUUAUGAGCAAACUUUCUAUGUACUUAAAGUUUGUGUGGUGCUUUGUACUGACUAGGUGGACCUGUUAUCUGUUUACACAUCUUAAAUGAUUGUCCUUGAGGCAUGUGUAGUAAUUCAACAACUUCUGUGCCAGAAAAACAAUGAAGUUCUGUGUAAUAGCAAAUGAUUUAAUUUCUGAUGAAACUGUAGGCUUUGUAGUGUUUGUGUAUUUUUCUGGUUGGCCAUUACAAGUUGUAUCCUUCCUGCAGUAAGGCUUGUACGCUUGAUUGUAGAGAGAGGCAAUAGGAUGGUAGAUAACCAUUGUUUAAAAAGAAAACCCUAAAUAUUGCUACCUUAUCCAUUUUAAAAUCAGGUAAGCUUUGCAUCAUAAGCCUGAAAUUUUGCAUUGGAAAGAAGUUUCAAAUACAUCUAGGUUAGGUUAAAAAUUUGGGAUGGGUUUGUUUAUUUAACUAAAUAAGACAGGGAGGUCUUAAAAGUGCUUAACAGUGAAAUAUAGAUGGACAAGCCAAAAGAUGGAACAGAAAUGGCUUGUUCCCACUGUGUGGAGCUGACCAAGCUAAUUCAUAGCUUGUGCUACCCCUGUGCACAGACAGGUGAAUAGGCAAAUGGGGAAAGUAAAGAUUUUUUUUUUUCCUUGUGGUUUGUCAGCUGUAAUAGAAUGAAGAAUUUUAGUUGUUUGUUCUGAAUGCAAAUUCAUAAAUACCUUCCAGGAGAGCUGAGUUAUUAAUAAAAUCCCAUUCAGUCAAAAGGCAAAGCUGCUCAUAAGGUUCAAAACCAGAGCAGGAUUUUUUUCAUCUUGCUAAACACACUGAGUCUCUUAUGGCUGGGAAACCAGGGCUAAAGCACAACUGGCCACAUACUGUCCAGAUUAAUUUUUUUUGGCUGAACUUCAGGGUCUCUGUAAAAAAGCACAAGGGUCUGCAUCAUAAAAGAGUUUUUGGACCAUUAUCUUAUGAUAAAUGUCAUUACCUACCGGAGCAGUUGGUGAUUUGGCAAAACUGAAGGUCACUUGUCACAUCCCUUUUAAUUAAUGUGGCAGCAUCCUCACCACUCUUGUGAAUAAAUCACCACUGCAAAAAGUAGAGGAGAAUUUAUCAUGAGUUUUUCUCCCAAGAGUUCCUGAUUUCUGGAUGUGUUAAAAAAGAAGCCCUUCUGCUUUUCUAAGCUAGCAGGAGAAAUGUCACCAAGAUGAAUAAUGAAUUGCUGAGGAGGGAGGCUGUGGCAGGAGAAGCAGUGCUGGGGAGAUGUUGUGCCUGGCUUUUCCUCCCCUGGGAAUCUGUGGGUGCAGCAUCCCCGUGGUGGUGGCAGAGUUUUGCCUGCAUCCUCCCGUGGGGGAAAUGUGGAGGAGUUACUCUGAGCAAGUGGGGAGCUGUUGGGUUUGUUGGGCAGUGCUGGACCGAGGCUGUGGUUCAGCACAACUCUGUGCACCCAGAAGCUCCUGGUGUACAGCCCCCUGUUUCCCUGGCCACAGCGUAAUAAUUCCCUUAGAUUUCUUCUGCAGGCCAUGGAGAACCAAGAGAUUCUGGAAGUGUGUUGUUCAGAUGAUUCAGGCUUGGCUUUUGUGCUUUUGAAAAGAAAGGUGGAGAAUUAUCAGCUGUUGUCGUAGAUCUAACUCGUCCAUCUCAGCUACACCAUAAAACUGCACCCUAACCUUCCUCUCCCAUCAUCUCUGCUGUCCCUGAUAUGCCUGUCCCCAUAACAAGGGACAUGAAGGAGCUAAAAUCAAUGGGGAAUUCAUCCAGUCAAACCCCCUGAAGUUUUAAUCCUCUUUAGUUCCCUUAACCUCCUCAUCCUGGGAACAGAUAAGUGCCCAUGCUGCUCCUAGAGAGGGUCUGGGACAAUGCAGCUGCUGAAAUCGAGGGAGAGUGGAGUUGCCUCUCCCCCUGGCAGCGAGGUGCUGGGUGAGCAGGACCUAAUUACAGAGCUGCAUGGU